UUUAACUAUAUUUUCGGAAAGAACAUAUUUUUCUUGAAGCUUCUGAUCUAAAAAAAAUGAUAAUUGGUCUUGCGGAUGAGUUGAAGGCAUCUAUGGAGAGGUUAAGAGAUGAGGCAACUAUACGGAGUUCCAAAGAGCAUCAUGGCUUCUUAUUCGAGUGGGCAGAAUUAAAGUCAGAUUUACAGUCAAAAUGCAUACAACUGGGCUUGGAAGAAACAUAUCAAGUCUAUUUGAAAACAAUUUAUCGCAAUUAUAUAAAAUCGUUCAUGAGAAUCCAUAUCUUCAUUGCAAUGGUCCAUACUGUGGCGGUCAUGAUUGGAGAUCAGAAUCCAGAUUCUACAUCCAUUGAUGGCUACAUUUAUAUAUUGGGUGCAAUACUGACAUGCCUAUGUUCCUCAAUAUACCUAAAGAAGAAUAUGGUAAUGCAACAUUGGUGUGUGGAGCAUAUUGUAGCGUGGUCAACGGGUUUAGUUAUGAGCUUUACAGAUUUUAUCAUUGGCAUUAUGGCAUUCAUGCUGAACAACGAUAUAUUGCGUUCCUGUUAUUGUGCUUACACCAUUUCCUGCCUCUACCUGUUUAUGCCCUUAACGAAUCUGUUGUCGCUAAUGCCUUUGACCACUGUCGUUAGUAUGCUGUACAGUACAUAUUUCACCUUUACAGCAUUUAAUAAAUCAAUUGAGGAUGAACGCAUAAAUGUGGAUCUACGAUAUCUGAUACCGGACAUAAUAUUUAUUGUUGGCCUUAAUGUGGUAGGCGUCUGUUUUCGAAUUCGACGAGAUUGCGCUACCAGAAGAGUACUCCUAACUCGCCAUCUUAAUGUCAAAGAAAAUUAUUUAUUGAAAUUUGCUAAAGAUCAAGAGAACAGUCUACUUAUAAGUAUUAUACCGGCUCAAAUAGCUGAGAAAAUUGGUCAAGAAAUUAGAACCAGAAUUGAACGCUAUAAACUGCCACAAAUGAAAAGGCCGCAAUAUGCAAGUGAAUUUGCAAGAAAACUCUUUAUAGAAUCCCAUUACAAUGUGAGCAUUAUUUUUGCGGAUUUAGUGAACUAUACUCAUCUCACGACGACCCUAGAUAUCAAGACUUUGGUGGAAACAUUGCACGAUCUAUUCCAGAGGUUCGAUCAAGCAUGUCACGAGUUUAAUGUAAUACGUAUCAAAUUUUUGGGUGACUGUUAUUAUGGUGUUACUGGUAUACCUCAAGCUCAUCCAUUUCAUGCUCACUGCUGCAUAGAAUUUGGCCGAUCCAUAAUCGAACAAAUAUCGGAAAUAAGAAAUUUGCGCAAUCUUGAUAUUGAUAUGCGCAUUGGCGUACAUUCUGGAAAUAUUUUUUCGGGUAUUAUUGGUGCCGCCAAAUGGCAAUACGACAUUUGGUCUAAAGACGUUGACAUAGCUUCGCAUUUGGAACAGACCGGCGUGCCGGGAAGAGUUCAUAUAAGCAAAAAUUCAUUGAAAUAUAUAGAGGCGUACUAUGAGUAUGAAGCUGGCACAGAGAAAGCCACAAGGGAUCCGUUUUUAAUGAGGGAGCAUAUUAAAACGUAUCUGAUUAUUGGUCCAAGUGAAUUUAUGACCCAGUCGAAAGAAUGGAAAACCUACAAGAACAGGUUGAAAACAAAACCUACACAAAAAAAUAAAACCAACUUUAAUCCCCUGCUACAAUAUACUAAUGGCAAAGAUGCCGAAGAUCAAAUGCUGUUGGAUUACAACUCAAUAAAAUCUCAAGCUAACUUGCAAAUUGCCAAAGACAUUAACAAAUUGCCAAUUUACAAAUUGGGAAUAAAAGAACAACUUUUUACACGAAUGCCCCGCUUAGAUGCCUACGAAAUGGAAGAUUUUACUGCAAAUCGAAAUAUCAGCACAUUUUGUUUGUGGUUUAGUGAUUGGAAUUGGGAGUCGUCGUACAACUCGGAAAUCGAUGAAUUUUUCAAGAUAUCCAUUCUAAUGUCAUUUUUGAUAUUGAUAUGCGUCAUGAUUAUGGAGGGUGUAAAUAAAAUCAUUCACAAUUUCGCAUCGUUGCUUAUUUUGUAUGGAUUCACAUUAAUUUAUGCCAGUAUUGUGUUAAUAUUAGUCUGGUUGCGGCCAGUGAUGACAAGAUGCUCACCACCACGCCAAAAGCUAAUAAUACUCCUAAACAGAAUUUCCAUAAAUAUUGAGAGGAUGGCUGUGGUUCGUAUUGGAAUUUUUCUGUCAUUGGUUUUAUGCAUUAUGUCCACUGCUCUUGUCCAUUCGAUGUUCUGUGAUCCUGUGGCUCUGGAAAACGAUGACGAUUUGAUAUAUGAAUUUCUUCAAGGAGGCCAUCGUACAUUAUGCUUUAAUUCAUGGGCCGUAACCGAAUGUGUAGUUCUCUGCUUGGCCAUGAUCUUUACGUUCAGUCAUAUACCGUAUUGUAUACAAAUGAUUGCUGCGAUUUCAAUCACCAUCUAUUAUCUUUUGAUCAUUUUCAUUGAGUUUGAUCUGGUCUACGAGAGCAGUUUGGUCACCAAUAAAACAGUUCGAGCAGAAGCAAGUCAUGUCUGGAAUAUUUUGACUGUCCUAGUGAUUUAUCAAUUAAUGUCGCGUCAUAUUCUUUAUAUAUCGAAAAUUGAAUCCAUCUCCAAAUGGCGCUUGGAACAGAAAAAAGAAAAUGCACGCGUUACCGAAGAAUCGAUUAGAAUUUUAUUGCAAAAUAUUUUACCAACUCAUGUAGUUAAAAUAUACUUAUCCAAUCGUCUGAUCAGCGAACCCUACUACGAACAACACGAAUAUGUCGCUGUUAUGUUUGCCACAAUAAUUUAUGCCCGUUCCGGUAGCAUUGAACUGAAGCUACUCAAUGAAAUUAUUUGUGAUUUCGAUGAAGUGCUGGGAUAUUACAAGAGCCCCAUAAAGGUGGAGAAAAUCAAAGUGGCCAAUUGGUCUUAUAUGGCAGCCUGUGGUUUUGAUAUUUCUGUCGGCGACACCUCAUAUAGCACCAAAUUAAUGCCCUUCCAAUCAAUGUUUUUACUAAACAGACGACCCAAUACCAAGUCAUUGGCCAGUGCCCAAGUGCCACGAAUGACUGGAUCCAAGCGACAAGAGGUAAAUACCCAUUUGGAAGAAAACACCAGUUCUGAAACGGAUACAGAUGAAAAUUCCAGUUCUUCUGAGUGGCAAAAAAGACAAGUUGUCAUGACGAUGGCAAAUUUUGCAUUGGAUCUUUUGGCUAGUAUGAAUUCUUUCAAUGCGACAAAUCAAUUGGAACGAGGCAAUGAAGAGCCACCGAUAAUGUUGAGAAUUGGCAUAAGCAGCGGUGAGGUAAUGGCCGGUGUUGUCGGUUCUUCCCAGGCUCAUUAUGAUAUAUGGGGCAAUGCUGUGAAUAUGGCUUCUCGCAUGGAUUCUACCGGCGAACUAGGUCGCAUUCAAGUCACUGAAGAAGUAGCUGAAGUUUUAAAAUCGUUUAAUGUGAUUUGUAAGUAUCGUGGCAUGACAGAGGUUAAAGGUCGUGGAAAUAUCCCAACAUAUUUUAUUAAUAUUACCGAAAAUUUUGUCUUCGAACAUUUUAAUCCGAAUGAAAACUUGCAUUAAAAUUAAAUUAGCUUAGAUAUCAAAAAUAGAUUCUAAACAGAACGGAAAAAUAAA